AGUUGUCUGUCCUUGCAUCAAGAAUUAGUUCCCCUUCGGUUUUUUAAAAAUGGCUGACAGUUCGUCGGACGAGGGAAACGCAACUGCAGGGAUGACUCGAUACGACGAAUUACCUGAAUGGAGCGACAUUUCACCAGUACCUCAGGACGACGGGCCAUACCCGGUUGUAAGGAUCGCAUAUACAGAUCAGUUCCAACUCGUGUUCGACUAUUUUCGAGCCAUCGUAGCCAAAGAUGAAAGAAGUGAAAGAGCACUGAAGCUGACCAAGGAUGCGAUCGAGAUGAACGCUGCCAAUUACACUGUUUGGCACCAUCGUCAAGUAAUUGUUGAGUGGCUCGAUGACCCCUCUGAAGAAUUAGCUUUUACAGCUUCCAUUCUAAGCCUGGAUGCUAAAAAUUACCAUGCCUGGCAACAUCGACAAUGGGUGCUAAGGAAGUAUUCUCUAUGGGAUCAUGAGCUGGAUUAUGUGGACAAACUCCUAAAGGAGGAUCUUCGGAACAACUCAGCAUGGAACCAACGCUAUUUUGUCAUCAACAAUACAAAAACAUUUAAUGAGAAAGUGAUUGAAGAGGAAAUACUAUAUGCAAUACAGUACAUCAGGCAAGCCCCACAUAAUGAGAGUUCUUGGAAUUAUGUUAAAGGGAUCUUAAUACCAAAUGGUUUACACAAUUAUCCCCAACUGUUGGAUUUCUGUCUGGAACUCUUAGACAACCACAUCACCUCGCCACAUCUGUUAGCGUGUUUAGUAGAUAUCUAUGAGAGCAAGUUAGAGAAAGAUACCGGAAACAAGGAGAUUUUGACGAAAGCUCUAGAAUUAUGCGAUUCUCUUGCUGUGCAGCAUGAUCCUGUCCGCCAAAAUUACUGGAACUACGUGGCCAGGUCGAUGAAACUGAGAUUUAGUGAAGACACCAAAGAUGAGAAAAUGAACGAAUCUAGCUAAUAAUAAUAAUAAUAAUGAUGACGAUGGUGAUGACGACGAUGAAGAAUUCUAAGGUUUAAUCAAAAAUUUUUCGUUCUUUUUUAAAUGAUCACUUCUAAAAAUAUUCUCCUCUCACAAAAGAACAUUUGUCGCUGAAGAGGAGGAGGUUAAAGACAUAAAAAACAACAAAGUUUUGGCUAGAAUUUUUUUUCCCUCUUUUUCUUUUGUGUCAUUCCAGCAUUCCUUCUAGACUAAAUAUUGGAUCUUCAACCUCUCUCUUUCUCUCUCUCUCUUUCUCUGUCUUGUCGGUCUCCAUACUUAAAUACAGCAGCCAAAAAUAUGUGGACUGAGGUUUUUCUGCUUUUCUUUCUUUUCUAUUUCUGCUUGAAGAUCUGAGUUUUUAUUUGUUUGUCUUGUUUUUAUUUUGUAUCUAUUUAAAAUGUUUACAGUAUUAAAAUUUUAACAGGAAGACAA